GCCUGGAGGGGGGGACUUUGGCCGCGCUGCCGCCGGCGGGGAAUGCUGAGGGUGGCCCCCCGGGCCCUGCUGUGCUGCCCCCCGAGAGCCUCGAGAGCCCCCCAGAGCUCCAGCACCGCGGGCAGCCCCACAGCCAUGGCAGCACCCCCAGCCCCCUCGGUGUCCCCGGGCCCCGCGGGCGGGCUGGUGGCGGUGGCGCAGGUGACAUCCACGGCGGACAAGGAGCACAACUGGCAGCAGUGCUCGGCCCUGGUGCGGCGCGCGGCCGCCAUGGGCGCCCGGGCCGUGUUCCUGCCCGAGGGCUUCGACUUCAUCGGGGACAGCGCCCAGCACAGCCUGCAGCUGGCAGAGCCCCUGCACGGGGACACCGUGCGGCGCUACCGGCAGCUGGCCAGGGACUGUGACGUCUGGCUGUCCCUCGGGGGUUUCCACGAGCGUGGCCAGGACUGGGACAGCACCGGCCGCAUCUACAACUGUCACCUGCUGCUGGACAACUCGGGCUCGCUGGUGGCCCUGUACCGCAAGCUGCACCUGUUUGACGCGGCGCUGCCGGGGCAGCCGGCGCUGAGCGAGAGCUCCUUCACCAACCCCGGCCAGGAGCUGCUGCCCCCCAUCGACACCCCCGUGGGCAAGGUGGGGCUGGCCGUGUGCUAUGACCUGCGCUUCCCGGAGCUGGCCCAGGCCCUGCGCGGGGCCGGUGCCCAGAUCCUGACCUUCCCCUCGGCCUUCACCGUCCCCACCGGAGCUGCGCACUGGGAGGUGCUGCUGCGUGCCCGUGCCAUCGAGUGCCAGUGCUACGUGGUGGCCGCGGUGCAGACCGGCCGCCACAACGCCGCCCGCGCGUCCUUCGGUCACUCGCUGGUGGCCGAUCCCUGGGGCACCGUGGUGGCACAGUGCCACGAGGGGCCGGGGCUGUGCCUGGCCCACAUCGACCUGCCCUACCUGGAGCAGGUGCGCAGGCAGCUGCCCGUGCACGGCCACCGCCGGGGGGACAUCUACGGGACACUGACGGGGACACCGACGGGGACACCGGGGACGUGAUGGCAC